GACUUCACCUUCUAACAUAAUUUAUUAACACAAAACCUUAGCUAGCGCUAGCUAGCAAACUGUACGAGUCAAGCUAUAAGAUUAGUUGCAAUUAAGGACGCAAAGAGACAAGCCCAAGCAUCAGUGCAGUAUCGUGUAUAAAGUCCAAGGCAGUUGACUUAUGGAAAGAACCCUUCGUUGUACAAAUUAUCGACAUCUCGCACUAUGAUGGCAGCUCAGAACCCUCCCAAUUCCUUCAUGCACUUUAAGCGAAAAACACACACUACAGACCCCCUUGUUCUCAACUCUCUAUCAACUACUGUGACGUUUGCAAUGCCUGCAGCUGCUGAGGCAUUGGAGUUAUCAUCAAGAAGUGCUCCCUCCAGCCCUGUCAAGAAUGAAAAGAAAAGAAAAGGUUUUCUGAAACAUCUCACUAGGCCCAAAAGUCCCACUUCUCCAAGAUCCCAUCCUAACUCUGACCCAGAGAGAUCUCCCAGUCCAAACCCACGCCCAAAAUGGCUUGUUUUCAAGAACCACAAAAGAAAGAAGUCCAAGGACUCCAAGGAUGCCAAUGGUGGACGGGCGACUCCUGUUGGAGAUGGAAGUCACGACGACUUGUCUAGAACUCUUGAACCUGUAGCCACACCAGUGUACGACCUACCCGGGCAAACACCGCCUCUUCUCAAGUCUGCUUCCGGUUCCAAUAUCCCAGUUAUCACAGUCUCCCAUUCUGGUUCAGGGGAGGUCAACCUAUCUGGCUCACUGGACGAUGUGAGUAAGCAACGGAAACUAUCCCAAACCUCCCACUGCUCCUCUAACUUUCCAUCUACCGGCACCUCGGGCGUGGGCAGUCUUCUCUCCCCUUCUGGUGAUGAGGGGUACGAUCUUGAGUCUCCUAUUUCCCCGCUUUCCUCAAGAACCUCAAGUUUUACCGAGCACACACUGGGCGAUUUAUCAGACAUGGAGUUAAUAUCUCCUGUGGGCAGUGAUCCGGAAACGAUAACGUCCCUUCAAGGCAGUAGCCCACCCCCCCAAGACGAGGGGUCAUCUCCCACUGACUCUAACCAUCGAGCUAUGUCACCUGGCAAAGGAGCGCUAGGGAAGUUUAAGAGGGACAAGAAAUCUUCAGAGUUUUGGUUCAACCUCAAGAAAGCUGUUAAAGCAUGGUCGCCGUUUGCUGUCCAAUUCAAGAAAAAAUGCUACCCUUGGGUGCAGCUAGCUGGUCAUAAAGGUAACUUCAUGCCUGGUGAUGAAGCAGGCACCAUCAUGAAGAAAUCUGAUCCCAACGAACGAAAGGCCCUGCAAGAGUUAAUGAACGAUACCCUCAAACCGUUUGUACCAGAGUUCAAGAAGGUCAUUGAGAAAGAUGGCCACAUGUACGUGGAGAUGACCGACCUCCUACGUGAGUUUGAGGAGCCAGCUGUAAUGGACAUCAAGGUGGGUCUACGUACCUACCUGGAGGAGGAGCUGAGGAAGAAAGCCCUUCGAGCCGACAUGUACAACAAGAUGGUGAAGGUAGACCCUCAUGAGCCUACCGAGUCUGAGCAUGCCCAGAAGGCCAUCACUAAGCCACGCUACAUGCAAUGGCGGGAGUCCCUCUCUUCAUCCUCAACACUCGGCUUCAGGAUUGAAGGCAUUAAGACUAGUGAUGGUACUGCUCUGACAGAGUUUAAAGAGACCAAAGCAGAGGAAGAUGUUGUGAAGGCAUUGAGACUGUUUCUGGAGGAGAACCCAGCUGUCAAGGGUCCUUUUCUGAGAAGACUGCUGGAGAUCAGAGCAGGCCUGGAAAGAUCAGAAUACUUCAGAUCUCAUGAGCUGAUUGGCAGCUCACUCCUCUUUGUCUACGACAGUACGAGUAUGUGUAGUGUGCAUAUGAUCGAUUUUGGCAAGACAGUGGGCCUCCCUGACGGUGUGUCAGUGUCCCAUCGCGAACCCUGGGUGGACGGUAACCACGAGGAUGGUUAUCUACUGGGACUGGACAACCUUAUCAGAUGUUGGGAACACCUUUAGCUCUGUACUGUGUGUGUUUGUGAUGUGUUUGUGACUAUUCGACAGAUUGUUGUGUUGUGUAUUGUACCUGGUUGUUGUGUAUCUACCCAGUCUAUGGUUGUGAUUGUCCAAUCAGUGUGUUCAUUUUAGUAGUAGUUUGUGUUCCUAUGACUACCACUUUUUUAUGUUGUGCAAGCCUUUGCAAUUCAUUGAAGCACUUUACUUGACUGAUAA